UGUUUUAAUGGGUGUGGAUAAGCACAAGAAAGACUCCCAAUCAAGGGCUAAUAAUUUACUUUCUUCCAGCACAUUUCAGGAAUUUUCUACUCAAAACAAUUACCGACCUAAAUCUCAGUGUAAGUUUAUGGUACUAAGAUAUUGUGCGCUAAUUUGAUAUUUAGUCCUCUCAAGAAAUGAUUACAAUACCAACACUCCUUCCAAUCCCCACAACAGGGUAAGAAGGUCUUGCUUGAGUGGUAAUAAUUCCUUUUAGUCAUAUCAGGCUCUUGAUCCAUAUUUGAAUGAAAGAAUCAGGCACGAAUCCAGCAAAAUUAUUAUCGAAAACAAUGAGAAUUCUGAUGAAAACGGCAACUUGACUUGACUGAGUUGAGCCCAAGUGUAAGAUUGAUCAAAAUUAGUAUUAGAUCAAACAAAAGUAAAACAAAACUCGACAAAUGGGAAAAUCUACUCAAUGUAAAAUCUUUGAUAACUGAUAGAUGAAUGAUUUAAACUUAAAAUCCAUUCUAAAUAAAUUAAAGAAAAAAGCUUUUAAUGCUCAAAACCGGAAAAAGUAUGAACACAUAUGAUAUAACCUCAUUUAGAAGGACCAACCAGCUGCUGAACUACUUCUUCCAAAAAUCAAUGAAACACAAUAAGCAACUCUGCGAAACAUUCAGCGACAUCGAUAGUAUUUUCCCAAUGAAAAUGACUAGUUUCAGCAGAGAAAAGAGUAUUCCUUCUUUAUUAUUCAUAGUCGUGUUGUCUCGCAAUACAAAGAUGAAACAUUGCACUCCAAAGACAAGCAAAGAGGCCAAGAUAUUUAAGAAGGCUUCUCUUAGCAACUCAAGAGCCACAGUCUUGAGAAAAUCCAGAGUUCAGUAUAAACACUUCAAAAACGCAAAUUUACCAAGAGUGGAUGCCAGGAGAAUGACGUUUUACAAGUAUGAUUUUCAUAUUCAUUAAUAGAGAUAGCAAGACUUCGAAUAUUAGUAGAGAUAUUAGUCCUUCUGAUUCCAAGACUAUCAAACCAGAUUUCAACCCAUAUGAUUUAAGACAGAAAAACUUUAA